UUAGCUAUCGAUGCUGAUCCCGCCAAUAAUAUGUUAAAGCUUCCAUUGCACCUAAAACAAUCUAAUCGAGAUUCAACCUUUUUGUUUGCACAAAGCUGUAUAAAUACUGGUCAGUCGGUGGCCGGGUCAAUAUCAAUCAAGUGCAAUAUGAAGAACCUAUUGCGAAUAAUUUGCGCCAUAUUUUUGGUGGCUACGGUCCAGGCUGAGCCUUUGGAGCGCACCAAUCGUAUCCACAACGGCCAAGUUGCAUCGGCAGGCCAAUUUCCGUAUGCCGCCGCCAUUAUUCCGGUGGUUCCGGUCACGGGUCGCCCAGUAUGCGGAGGAUCUCUCGUUUCGCCCCGAUUCGUUUUGACUGCAGGCCGGUGCGUUUACGGUGUGACUCGAGCCUACGUGGUCCUGGGAGCUGUGCAUGUGUUCGAAGACCGUGAGGCGUCCCGUCUACAGCUGGAUGUUACCGAGUUUAUCGUGCACAGCGGAUUUGAAGCUGAACCGGAGGUGUUCGACGUGGCACUAGUGAGGUUACCGGUUAACGUGCCAAUUGGAAGUGCCUUUAUCGAUGUGGUUCGGUUGCCUAAUCGGCGCCAGGUGGAGGCUACCUUCGUUGGACAACAGGCUACAGUUUUCGGAUGGGGAAGCACGGGACCGGGAUCGGAGUUUACCAAUGAGCUGCGAUUUAUCCGAGCGCAAGUUAUUUCGCAGCUUUCGUGCACGGUUAAUCUACCGACGAAUACGAUUCUAGGUGAGCACAUUUGCAUGGAUGGAGCGAACAAUUCCCCGUGUGCCGGAGAUUAUGGAGGACCGUUGACCAUUACGGAUGUUGACGGGCAGACUACGCAGAUCGGAGUAUUCUCGUUUACUUCAGUAUUGGGAUGCACGCUUGGUCGGCCAUCCGUGUACACGCGAAUGUCGUCUUAUUUGGACUGGAUUGGACAGAACUCGGACGUCGUGAUUCGGGAUGACUUCAAUUAGGUUCUGAUUUUCUCAUUAGAUUAUUAUAUGUUAUAGUAGUUACACGUAGUGAUUUUGUUUGUAAAUAUAAAUAAAUCUGUUUCCUGUAUUUGACACUCAAAGAAA